UGAAGUGAAAAGUUGAGGUAAACUUUAGUAUAACGCUGUGAGGAGCUUUUGAUCGUUUUUGACACUUUUGGAAUCUCGGAUCUUCCUCUAAUAGCGUGAAUGAAUAAUCGCGAUUGUUGUUGUGGGUCAGAAAAGUGUGGGACAGUGCUCAGCGGGAUUAGUGAGGGCGGUGAGAGCCUGUUGAGCUCCAUGGUGGAACAGAAUAUGCUGGAUCAGUUUACUCCUGAGGGGAGCGCGACAUCUGUGUGAAGAGUUACUCCGGGUGAUGCCGCACAGGUGUUCUCAAGCUUUAUAAUGCAAAACAACACCACCCUGGCCGCCCCCGUUCUGCAACAUCCGACGCAGGAAGAUCUGUGCUACGGAAAUGGACUCGGACCCGAGAACAACGGAAUGACCUCCUCUAGCAACCCCGCCUCCACAGAGACCCUGCUCCUAGGGACGCAGCCCCGGCAGGAACCGCAGGGUCAGGAGCACCAGGUGGACAGCAGUUCCAUGGAAAAGAUCACCAAAGAAGAGGCAACGUCAACGGGGAGCCUCCAGAUACCCCACGCCAUUCCCGGGCACGGAGUCCUGGAGCUACCCCCGUACGAAACGGUGAAGAGCCAGUCUCAGCUUUACAAAGCCCAGCAGGGUCCAAAUGAACUUCAGAACGCAACACGUGCUCUCACAGGUGGACAGAACUCUAGUGAUGCCCUGCAAGAUCCAAACCCAGGCAUGGGGCACACAUUUCCGAGUCUGCAGAAUGCAGGAAUGGGUCACACACAAGCCAAUCUGCAAACUCACACAGACCAGAAUCCCAGCUAUCCAAAUCCAAACCAGAACCGUCCACCUCAGGUCAAUCUAAAGACAAACCAGCAGCAGGGGGUGUUAGUUUCCUCAUCCACCUUAACCAGCACUAGCUCAUGCCCCUCCUCUUUCUCAUCUGCCCCAUCACUUACUCGUUCUGAGGGUUGCUCAUGGGUCCAGCAGGGUUUUACAGGUGUGGAUGAUGAAGGGCUGUCAGAACUCAAGCAGGGUCACGUUCGCUCUCUCAGCGAGCACAUUAUGCAGCUCAGUCUGGAGCGAAACGGAGCCAAGCAGCCCAGAGAAACAUCUCCUAAUGGGGCAGAACACAUGGCGAGCACUUCGGCACCAUCCAAACCCACACCCCCCCCAGCACCACCAUUCGAACCCUCCAACAAAGAAUCUCGGGGUCCCCCUCCCGAGUACCCUUUCAAAGACAAAAUACUGACAUCAUACCCGUCCAGUCCUAGUCCGAUAUCUAUAGAACAAACCCCGCUCUCGAUCGAAGCCUCUCCAGGCCAGUUUUCAGUCUCCGGUCCGAUGCCACCCCAGGUGCCUGGCUUGAGGCAGGCCGGAUCUGGCGCCCGUUUGCCCCCACAGGGACAGAUCGUACCCGCCGAGGCAUUUUCGAUGAUGAGCCGCGCUCAGCACAUGGUGUCUUACCUCAGUGAGGAGAACCAGAGACUCAGACAGGAGCUGCUCAUGCAGGCCGAGAAAACCGGCCGACUGCAACGGUUGGAAGCUGAGGUGCAGCAUCUCUCAGAUACCUAUGAGAGUUUGGUGAAAAGUUCAUCCAAGCGUGAGACUCUGGACAAAACCAUGAAGAUGAAACUGGAGGGGGAGAUCAGACGCCUGCACGACUUUAACCGAGACCUGAGAGAACGCUUGGAAACAGCCAACCGACAACUGGCCAAUCAGAACGCAGAAGGUCAAGAGGACAGCCACGGUUACCAGAGCAGUGGUAGCCUAGUGGGUAGGGAGAGUCUGAAGGAGAUCGAGAGGCUGGAGACGGAAGCCGAGUCUCUACGUUCGGCCAACCAGGAUCAGAGACGCCACAUCGAGAUUUUGGAGCAGGCUCUGAAUAAUGCACAGAGCAAAGUGGUCAGGCUGGAGGAGGAGUUGGGAAGGAAGAAUGUGUAUGUGGAGCGGGUGGAGAGGUUGCAGCAGGCUCUGGCGCAGCUCCAAGCCGCCUGUGAGAAACGAGAGCAGCUCGAGAAACGCCUGAGGACACGACUAGAGAGAGAGCUGGAGACACUCAGAUCCCAACAGAGGGCAGGUGUAGGGGUGUGUGAAUCCAGCGCUCCUGCCCUGCUGGACCUGCUGAGAGAGAGGGAGGAGAGGAUUCUGGGAUUGGAGGCGGACAGAAUGCGCUGGGAACAGAAGUACUUAGAAGAGAGCGCUAUGAGACAGUUCACCAUGGAGGCCGCAGCUACAGCCGCUGCACAGAGGGACACCACCAUUAUCCAGCAUUCACGCAGUGGCAGCUACAGCGAUGCCUGCCUGUGGCAGCACGACGGAGACGAGAAAACACACAACCGCCGCUGCCAGGACAUCGAGAUCAGGAUGAAGGAUCUGCACGCUCAGCUACUGGAGAAAAUCGCCAUGAUCAAAGUGCUGCAGCAGCGCUCACGCCGAGACUCCACCCCUCUGCGCCCCGCCCGCUCCGUCCCGUCUAUCGCUGCUCUUCAUUCCCGCCAAGCCUCGCAGACUGAAGGUGCGCUGAUGGAAAAAGACAGCGCCGAGCGCCCCCCACCCUCCCCGCCCUCCUACUCGGCCUUCCUGUCCUCCCUCCCCCCGUCUCUCCAUCCUCCCUCCGUCUCCACCCUUCCUCACCCCUCCGUGACGAGCACCUCCUUCUCCUCCUCGCUCCUCCCCUCCUCCUCGGCUACCCUUCCCCUCCCCUCGACUCACCUGCACUCUCUCCCUCCGCUGCCCCGCACCGCCUCCUCCUCCCUCCCCUCAACACCUCUGCUCUCCCUCCAUUCUAAAUCCGCCAGCAGAGACAGCGGCACCCAGACGGGCAGGGGUCCCGACGCCAGGACCACGCCCCCUACGGGCCGGGGGAAGACGUCGAAAACAGAAUCUCCCCCCACUCAGACGAGGACCCCCGAGAGUCGAACCCUGCCUGCACCGGGACAGAGGAUCAGACCACCGGACUCGGACCUGGUGGAGAUUCUGAUCUGAUAGGAAACAAUCAGCAAACAGCUACAGACUCAAUACAGUUACAACACUGGAGAGGGUGAGAGAGAGAGGGUGAGAGAGAGAGAGCGAGAGAGAGAGGGUGAGAGAGAGAGAGAGAGAGGAUGAGAGAGAGAGAGAGAGAGGAUAAGAGAGAGGGUGAGAGAGGAUAAGAGAGAGGGUGAGAGAGAGAGAGAGGGUGAGAGAGAGAGAGAGAGAGGAUAAGAGAGAGGGUGAGAGAGAGAGAGGAUAAGAGAGAGGGUGAGAGAGAGAGAGAGGAUAAGAGAGAGGGUGAGAGAGAGAGAGGGUGAGAGAGAGCGAGAGAGAGAGGGUGAGAGAGAGAGGAUGAGAGAGCGAGAGAGAGGGUGAGAGAGCGAGAGAGAGAGGGUGAGAGAGAGAGAGAGCAGCUCGCACCAGCUUUUCAAUCAUUAGAAUUUAAUUCUAGCUGAGCAAGUGCCAAUAAUCCAGUCCUCCAAUCGAGCGUUUGUACUGGUUUAUGAUUUAUUUACACCCCAACAACUCAAAAGCUCCCACGUUUCCACCCCCGUGUUUACCUGCAUGGUGGAAGCUUUAACACAUGUCAGCAGUGGUUCUCAGGGUGGGUGCUACAACAUUUUGGGAUCCAUCAGUGGGUGCAUCAGAACUACACAUGAUUUACUCGAGCACUCUGACCCUAAAGAGUCUGAAAACCACUGAGCUGCACCGUCAGCACCGUUACUCACCUCUGUCUGAAGGGCUUUAGUAUCCACUGUGGUUUCCUCACUCAUCACUGGAUGACCUGCAGAUACCAAACUCACUCUCAGCGGGGGUCGUUAGCUCUGUACUGGAGUGAGCGUGAAGCUAAACGUGGAUUCAGAUCCAGGAGCUUAAAAGCCAUUUUUCCCUGUAAAGAUUUUACUGUAGAUUUUUCUGCUUCUGUCUCUCUAAAUAAAUGAAUAAAUAAAUAUAAUAAAU